UAGUCGAAACAAUGAAUGAUGGAACGUAGUUGUUGAUAUCGAAGCAAUUUGGUGACCGUCAACUUGAAUUAGAGUAUUGGAAUGCGAAAUAUUUUAUAUUUUUGUACUUGGAUAGAGCAGAUGGCGCUUAUUCUCGAGGCACAAAUUCAAGACCCUUCGAGAACAAAGACAUAUCCAGUGUCCAAUCUCGUUGAAUCUAUAGUCACUGAACAAACUUAAUCUUAUAGGGAACAUAAUAUCUCAUGAGAUUUAAUAGGAUAGUAAGUAAUUUACGUGCGAAGUUUUUGAUGUAUGUGUCACAAUAAAAGGUGUUAAGAAGUGCCAUAUUACAAAGAAUAAAUUUCAUUAAAUAAUCAAAAUGGGUAGCACCGAUAAAGCUGUGAUCACGGGAUUCAUAUGCAGACUUUGUAGUAAAAUGAACCGUUUUGUGAUUCACAUAUACGGCGAAGAGGGUGAGAGAAUGAAGCUGGCCGAAAAAAUAAAUGCUUAUCUUCCAAUUAUGGUAAACAUGAAUGAUCCAUUACCUAAAACGGCAUGUCUGCAUUGCAUUGAACGACUAGAAGCACAUCAUGAACUAAUGGAACAAUUUAUGGUUGCCAAAAGUAAGGUUACUACCCAAAAUAAGUCAUCAACAGUAGCAUUAACACCUACAUAAGCUGUUGAUAAUAUAUCAACAUUUAGCCCAUCCUCAUAAUGAUAUAUAAAAUUGAAAGCAGAUUUUCUCGCUCAAUACUACUGAAUAUUUCUGUAUUUGGUCAUUUUAUUUUAGUAAUUUAUUACUAGAAGGACAGUAAAUUGUUGAAUGAAAAGAUAUACACACAAUGAUUCUUUUGACUUG